AUGCUGCCGUCGAGGUCUGGCUUUGAUUAUUCCAAAUGGGACCGACUGGAAAUCAGCGAUGACGAGGACACGUUCCAUCCCAACCUUGACAAGGGCCUCAACAUCCGAGUGAAUCGCAUCACUCGCGAACGGAAAGAGGAUGAGAUCGAUGACGAAGUGAAGAAGCUUACUGCGGAAGGUGAGCUGGAGAAGGCUGCAAAGCUGGAAGCCCGGAGGCCGCUCCAUGUGGGCAAUGUCUGCCAUAUCGCUGAGGAGCGCACCAUCAUCCAGUCCAGCGACGGGUCGAGAAAGGAUCGCUUGAAGAAGGGUGAAGAGUUCAGCGCGGACGAGCAACAGGGCAUUGCGAAGAGUUUUCGCUCGCGGACUGCACUGGCAGCACACAUUCAAAGCAUAGGGUGUGCCACAAUGACAGGUAGAGGACCCCCAACAGGUCGUUGGCGUUGGCAUCUUGCUUUGCGGUAUUUUUUUGGCUUCUAUAUCUAUAUAUCAAAUUUCCCACACAAGUGGCAGGCCAUUAGGAGGCUAUCCUGA